CGCUAGGCUAGUCGCAUAUAAUGUUAUAUUGUGUCACCCCCAAAGUUACAGUGAACUAAUAACUUUGGAUGACAAUCAGGAUUUUGUUCUAUCCUUACUACUGAGCUCUCUAAUCCGUCGUUACCAGGACUCGAAUAGUCUUCAACUGAACCAAAACAUCCUUCAAAGAAGUGAUUCUGUCAUCGCGCGUAUCUUGCCUAAACACCCACCUUGCAGCAACAACCACCUAUCAGCAUCUCGCGCAGCAGCAUGUAAAGGAACAACAGUGCCAGAAUUUGAGCCCAUGAGGGCAAUUAGCUGCCACACUUUCAUCAUGUCCACCGUUUCAUCGGUUUUAAGAGGCGGCCAGGCGUUAGAAGGUGUCUGCGCGACCACAUGUUGUUUGUCGUCGGGGUUCUUGCCCUUUUGUGCCUUUCGAGGUGUAAUAGGGACUGCAUCUCCCGACUUCAACGAAUUUUCCCCCAAUUGAUGGAUCUUGACGCGGCGUUGCCCCAGCUUGCUCAGACCCAUCGUUACAUUUGUCACACCCGACUCAACCUCUUUCAAUUGCUUGUGCAAUCGAUCAACCCAGGCAUGGUAAAUAGCUACUCUGCCGUGUUGUUUCAACCCGAUUUUCGGCGUUUUGUUUAGAACAUUGUCGGUGCGCAGGCCAAUUUUGCU